AUGGCUGCAAAUACAAGCCCUUCCAUCAAACUUCGUUUCGUCAAUGAUAAUGAAAUCCGUACCCUCAAUGCAGAACACGCAGCUAAACAUCGACGCUGCUUAUUCUCUGACACAGAACGCCAACAAAUGAGCGACGAGCUCAUCGAUGCAGUCGUGGCCCAGGACCAAGAUCCGGGUCAGGUUAUGUUGGAUCUGGAGCAGGAUUGUCUGGAGACAUAUCCAAAGGAGUCACAGUCGUUUUCAGUGUUUCGGGGGCCAUUUGGUGUUGCUAGGUGGUUGGGAUCGGUAGAGGAAGCUCACAAUGAUGAUAGCGAACUGAUUGAUUUCAAUGCUAUCGGCGGCACUGGUGAUGUUGAGCCGGAUGAGGACUUAACACGAUGGCUUCUGGAGACAAGUCCCGAGGAUAAGGUUGGGAACAAUGAAGAUAUAUUCGCCAAUUUGUUGCAAAUUUCUUCUAUCCCGCAGACAAAUCCACCAAGGGCCAAUGAAUUCUUCAGAGACACUGAUCUGAGCACGUCCAUAUCACUGGACAACCAUCGCAUGACGUUUUCAGUUAACGAGGACCCAAAAGCUUGGCUGCUCCUUUCAUAUUACCGUGACCGAAUAAUCCAUCUUAUUUCUCUCCGUCAGCAACAACAUCCGCAGCACGACGAGGUAAAUGAUCCAUGGAGCAGUUUAGUCAUGCCGUGUGCCAUGACAACAAUGGCGGAGCUGACAAUUGGAGGAUCGGCGAGUCAUGCGCGUCUGGGGCUUUUGUACGCUCUUCUAGCUACCAGCGCCUUUCAUCUUCAGAAUUCGUCGAUCGGCUUAACGGCUGAUGAUUGGAUGGUGGCUGGGGAGGAGUAUACAGAAAGAGCGCGGGGGCAUCUUGAGGCUUGUCUUGAAAUGGACAAGACCAAAUGCAAGUAUAAGGAAGUCCUAAUGGCCAUCCUGUGUUUGGCGAAUGCUUUUAUGGUCAAAGGCGACCCGGAUACACGGUUAACGUAUCUACUUUAUGCUGAGCGAUUUAUCCGCGCCAAUGGUUUUAAUAAAUCAACUCUCUCCCGGAAACGCCGCACCUUGCACCACUGCUAUGCUUACAUGCGCAUCAUGGCCGAAACAACCAGGUCUAGCAGCUAUACUUCUAGUACAGAUUCCCCGGGUACGGACAAAGCGAGUGAAGAUGACAACGACCAAUUUCGCGUAUCCCGGUGGACGGCCCUUUCAGAGAACUUAAUGGGCAGUGAGAAAGACCCCGACACUGCCAGACGCGAUCUUCACCUCGAGGUCCCCGGGAACUGGACAUCAACGCUCUUUCCGGAGCUGUACGGUAUUGCGGAAUCGUUUCUGUUACUGCUGUCGCAGGUGAUCCGACUCGCGAACGAGCGUGACUUAGCCAUGGAUCAAGAUGGAAAUCUCAGUUUGAAAGAGUUUACACUCCGAGCUAAGUCGUUGGAGAAGAGUAUCUACCGACUCAUUUCCUCGUCUGCGUGUGGAUCUGUGUCAUCGCCAUCUUCAUCAUCCACGUCCACGUCGACGGCGGAUGACAAUUCCAUGCAGGCUACGUACAUUGCACUACUCAUCUUCUUCUACCGCCGCGUACACAACGUCGACGUCGCGCUGCUCCAGCGCGAAGUCCUCACAGUUCAGGAUUAUCUGAUGCAAAUCGAGGAAUCCCAAGACAGCGCCGGAGGGAAUGGACGGACGGUGGCACUUAUGUGGCCCGCGUUUGUGGCAGCUUGUGAGGCACUUCUACCUGAAACGCAAAGGUACUUUGCGGAGUGGUUUGAGGGACUGCUUGCGAAGACGGGGCUUGUGUCUGUUUCGUUGGCAAAGGGAGUGUGUGAGUUUAUCUGGGCAAGGCGAAGGGAAGAGGAUGGGUUGAGUUGGCCGGAGGUGUUACGGAAUAGGGGGGUAAAGGUGCUGUGUACAUAG